ACGAGCACUGCUUUGUUUCUCAGUGCCUAUGAGGUGAUCAAGCUUAAGGGCUACACCAACUGGGCCAUUGGUCUGAGCGUGGCAGACCUGACUGAAAGCAUCAUUAAGAACAUGAGCCGUGUCCAUCCUGUCUCCACUAUGGUCAAGGACAUGUAUGGUAUUGGUGAGGAGGUCUUCCUGUCUCUGCCCUGCGUGCUGAACAGCACCGGCGUGAGCAGCGUGGUCAACAUGACCCUGACAGAUGCCGAGGUGGCCCAGUUGAGGAAGAGCGCGGACACACUGUGGGGCAUCCAGAAAGACCUCAAGGACAUCUGAACACACCCGGACACAUAAAACACAGCCGUGAUGCAGAGAGGCAAACACUAUCUACACGCACACACUUUUAUAACAUCCCUCUCUCCCAAACUGUAUCGCUGUUGUUUAGAAAGGCAAUACCAAUAUUUUUUUAAAAUGUACUAGUGAGAAUUUCAGUUUUACAUGCAUCCAGCAUGAUUUUACUGUUUUCAUAUAAGUGCUGCAUUAUGUCACCAUCUACUUCCUGUCUAAAAAACACUGGUGUGCUCUUAAAAAAUAAGCACAUUUGCUCCCCAAACGCUAGUAGGCUGCUGUUGCUGUGUUACUGUUUAAGGAGAUGUCAACUGACCUGUAUUACUGUAUUCUUUAUGGAUUAUUGUGUUUUAGCUGAUUGGACCAGGAUCAAACACAACCCUCAAAAAGCGUCAAAAAAAGUGUCACUAUCCUCCUCCACCACUUACUGUAUUGAGUCGUUCAUUUAGUUCCCUUUGGGUAAUCACAAAGACCCUAAGACCGUGUACAGUAAACAGAUAGCUACACACUUCAGUGAAUUUGUGACAGGGCGAGUGUGAAGGUAGAUUUUCUGUCCUCUCCUGUUUCCUCCGUGUUAGCAAAGGGUGAUGGAGCAGCAGUGGAAAGGUGGAAACAUCUAGCUUUUAAACAUCAUCUGACCCUGUAAAGUGUAACUUAAUAAAUUUGAACCUCAUGAAA